UCCGUCGUAACAGUAAACGGGUGUCGGCGUGAAUUUCGCUGAGCGGUGAAUGGACAUUAAUAGGGAAUGUUAUGUUCUUCUCCCAGUGCCUGCUUUCUUCUGUCAUUCAAUCUCUGCAACGAAACCCGGGUUUUAAUAAGAGACAGAGGUGAUGUGAUGGCAGCGCUUGCAGGCAGGACAGAUCUGUCUGCUGCACACUAAACCAACUGGAUGCAACACGUUAGAGUCCUUAGACAGAAUGGAUUUUCCCAAUUACACUGAAGGGGUGUUUGCCACAAGCAGCAGUGGUAAUGACUCCCUGGAGGCCACUAAACCCCCUCCUAGUAAGAUCCUGCUAACGCUUACCCUGUCUGUAGUGGCCGUCCUGACUACAUUCUUCAACUGCCUGGUGAUCACAGCUAUCGCAGUCACACGCAAGUUGCACCACCCGGCCAACUACCUCAUCUGCUCAUUAGCAGUGACCGACCUGCUGGUGGCUGUGCUGGUCAUGCCCUUCAGUAUUAUGUACAUCCAGAAAGAGACCUGGGGCAUGGGCCAGGUGGUGUGUACCAUCUGGUUAAGUGUGGAUAUCACUUGUUGCACAUGCUCCAUCCUGCACCUUGCUGCCAUCGCCAUCGACCGAUACAGGGCCAUUACAGAUGCAGUGGAGUAUUCACGCAAACGCACGGGGGCCAGGGCUGGGGCGAUGGUGGCAUUGGUGUGGUUCCUGUCCAUCCUCAUCUCACUUCCUCCUCUAAUCUGGCGGCACUACAGCGGGGAUGCCGAGCAGGUAGACCAGUGCAUCAUGAUGCACCAUCACAUGGCCUUCACCUUAUACUCUACCCUUGGAGCGUUCUACAUCCCUCUGAUGCUCAUACUCAUCCUCUACUACAAGAUAUACCGUGCCGCUCAGACCCUGUAUAUGCGCAGGGAGGCCAGCCGGGCCAGCCGCUAUUCAAGUGUGACCAAUGGGAGCAUGAUCCCCUCGUCCUACCCUGCUGGAGAUGGCAACGAGGAUAGGGGAGCCCAAAGUCCGGAGCCCAUAAGCCCUCCAGAAAAGUCUUUCUCUGAACCCUCAACUGAGGAGCCUCCACGUGAACGGGUGCGUAAAUCUAAGGCUUUCCAGGGCAAGUCGCGCCGGCAUGAGUCACGUAGUGAGUCCCGCAGUGAGUCACGUCGGAGCCAGUUUUACCAAGGUCCACGGAUCUCAGGCUCACGGGAGCGCAAAGCAGCAUCAACGUUGGGGUUGAUAAUAGGGGCAUUCGUCAUCUGUUGGCUGCCAUUUUUUGUCAAGGAGGUGAUUGUCAACACCUGCAGUGAGUGCAGUACUUCGAUGGAGAUGGCUGACUUCCUGACGUGGUUGGGCUACGUCAACUCGCUAAUCAAUCCCCUCAUCUACACUAUCUUUAAUGAAGACUUCAAAAAAGCUUUCCAGAGACUUAUUAGGUGCAGUCAUUACCUCUGAUGGUAACAAUUGCACAUGAUCACACCCAUACACCCCAACACAUGCCCAUGAAACAAACUAUGGAGAUCGGAGAGAACUGACCAAAUACUGACUGAAUUUACCUGAGAGACACUAAGGAUGACCUCCAUUUCCAGAACAUCUGCCAUGCGCUCCAACAGCCAGCAUGGCACCAGCUCAGCCAUGAGCUUGCAGCAAAGUUCCAUAUUGAAGUCCAAGUCCUGCUAUUAAUGGAAAUGCUUUCAUUGAUCUUAAUUGUUGUGAUGGAAAGGACAGUGACAUGUUGUUUUUUUGAAAAUGGGCCAUUGCUGACCUUUUUGAGGGCUGGGUUCUGAUCAUUAGUGAUCAGCCUCAUUAACAGGCCUUGAGAUAGCUGGCCAUUACUGCUUUUUCAUCUAAUGACCUCCCUUCUAUCUCGUCCAAGCUGCCGGCUAACAUGUGUAAAAUACCACAGCAUACCAAUUUGUGAUUUCAUGUGGCCAUGGCGUUUCAGAGGGUGACCUUUAUCCGAUUGACUGUCGCAAUGAUUAUUAACAUUGUUGUGAUAUGUACUCAGAAAACUCUCCCAACAAAUAAGUUAUACAUUUGUAGAUUUUUAAAGUUUAUGUCUGUUAUUGGCAAAUGAUACCCGCUUGAUUCACUAGGCCAUCUGAUAGCAAAGGGUUAUCAGCUGGCUUUCAUAGAUUUCAGAAUGCUGAACUAAACAAACCAUGUUUUAAAGGUUUAGGGUGAACAGCUAAGAAUGCCCUUAAUGUGAAUAAACUGUUUUAUGAUCCUGGACCAAAUGAUACUAAUAUAAGCACUUUCUGAAUUAUACAACAAAGAAUAUUUGGGGACCAAAAUAAAAAUGAGCUUUCUUCAACUUUCACAACAAAAUGUUUUUCGUAGAUGGUUUAAGGUAUUGGUGUAAAUGUUUUUUAAGACACUGCCACUUUAUUUGAUGUUUUGCACACUUUUUAAUUUCCUUUAUGCUAUUUUGUGGGGUAAUUAUUCAUUCAUUUUUCACAAGUAUCUCUUUUGGAGCUAUUAAACACCCCUUCUCAUCUCACUCCCACCAUAGGCAGCGUUAUAGGUCAAUGAAUGUGAGAACCACCGGUGCAGAAAUCCUCAUUACAUUAAUCCCACUCGAGUACUUGGAAAAUAACUACUAUUUCUUUACUGCCUGCAAGAGGGCACACGAUAAAUUGAUGGAAAUACUGUGGAUGAGUCAUGUGUGAGGGUGUACUGAAUGCCAGGAAGAUAAUAGAAAGUGUGUCAUACAUGUACAUACAUCUCAUACAGUAUGACCAGUAUUUGUAUACUGUUUCUUUCUUUGUCUCUCACUGUCUUAAUCAAUAA